AUGAUCUUGGUCAAAACUACAGAUCACUGUGAUUCGUUGGAGAAAUUCCGGUCGAUGGACUCCGUCGGUAUGAACGCCGUCGAUAGAUCGAAAUUAGAGGGACGCAGGGAAAACAAUCAAAUAAUCGGCUCUUACUUGGAGAUCGAGGACAUAACGCUGGAAGAUUACGGGGAGUACAAGUGCGAAGUCAGCAACGGCGUGGACGAGGAGAUCACGUUACCGGCUCACGUUUAUCGGCAGGAGCCACAGUUCGCGCUUGGUCUACAAAACGGAUCCUGGCGGAGAUCGUUCCUGGUGGGCGUGUUGGUGCUUGUUCUGCUGAUCUCGGCCGGGGCGUUCUACGCGCGCUGCUGGCUACCUCUGGUGCUGCUCUGCCGCGACAAAUUCGCCCCCCUCGAGGAGAACGAUGGAAAGGAAUGCGACGCCCUGGUGUGCUACCACGAGAAGGACUCGAGCCUGGUCAUCGGUAUAAUGAUCCCGACGCUGGAGUCGAGGCAUCGGUACAAGUGCACGGCGUUGGAGCUCUCCCAGCUGAAUCAGAAUUGGGGCGUGGAGAUCGGGCCGCACGCUGUUUCCAGUCGAAGAGUCAUCGUGAUCCUGAGCCCGGCGUCCUUGGGAAACGUUUGGAACGAAACGAGCGUGGGAACCGUCCUGAAUCAACUGUCGUCGUUGACCGUGCCAACCAUAGUGAUCGCCACCAAGGAUCUGUCCAACACGAGCACGAUCGCGAAACGAUCGAAUCGGGGAUGCAACGACAGCAGCGAGUUCUCCCUCGAUCGUUUGAAGAUCUUGCACUGGGACGAGAAUGCCGGCACGUUGAGCUCCGGCAGCCAGAAAUUCUGGUACAAGCUGCGGCUCGCGAUGCCGCCCGUUCGACCAAUCAGCUCCGAGAGCGGUUGCCAGUCGGUCGCCAUGAUCGUUCAGGCGAACGGAAAGUGCGGACAGCAGAAGGCUCGAUCGCGCGAAAGUCUGGAAGUUCUCGUUUAA